GCAUUUCCGUGCGGUACUUCAGUGUCGCAGGAAGCGUGCAGGCGUGCAAAAGUGAAGCAACACAGACACACACACAUACCGGCGGCGCAGUGUCGAUUAACAACAGGUGUGUGGCAAACGAAACAGCAAUCCAGCUGCAGAUCGAGAGCAAGUUAGUGGUGGAUCUUGGUUGGUUGUUUUCCCCUUUUUUCCUCCGUUUCGGUGGUCGAUGGUAGCUUUUGGGCAGACACAAGACAGGGAACGGCAGUUUUCGCGCGGUUGAGUGUUACCAAUUGUUGGCGAAUAGUUUGGAGCAGUUUUUCUCAGACCGUUUUUGUUUUAUAGUACGAUCGGUGAGACAAGUUUGCAUUUUACAACGCAACACUACAGAUCCACGUGUUCCAGUGAAACGAUCGAUUGAAGGAAAAGCGACCAGCGCCUUUCCGGGCCAUCAUUAUUAUCCUGCUCGAUUGGUUGCGGAAACAAGCGAACGGCAUCAGCAUGACCCGGCGAACGGUGCAACCUUUGGCGCGCGAGCAGUCCUCCUCCUCCUCCUCCUCCUUCCUCUUCUCUUGCAUCAGCACCACCGUCGCGCUGGUCCUGUUCGGGGCGCUCGUCCUGGCGGCGGUAGCCGAUGCUGACCCGAUGGUGGAUAGUGCCAGCAGCCUGUACGGCGAUAACAAACAUGCAAGCGAUAAGCGCCCAUUCUUCGUCGGCAGCCGGUACGGGCGAUCGCACGUGUACGGGGCGAAGGAUAUGCGACAAGUGAACGUGGUUCCGCGCAACGAUCGCUUCUUCCUCGGCUCACGGUACGGCAAACGUUCCGACCUGACGAAGGAAAUCGAAUCCGACAACAAUAAUGGUAUCGCCGAGCUGACCUAUCUCGCUUGUCUGCAUACGGGCGUCUCGAAUCUGUACCGAUGCUACAGUCGCGAUUCAUCUUCGAAUGCACUACACCAGCAGGAAACGGAACAGUUCGAUCAGCAGCAGCAGGAGCAGCAGCAGCAUCAACGCCAGUUCAACGACAAUGCCGACCUGUCGGAAAAGUAAUCAAAGUAACCGGCCGGUGCGAUCAAUGCAACCCCACACACCAUAGCCUACUAAAUGCCCGCGUCGGCUCGACGCGUUCAUCUCACAUUAUACUUAAUCUUCGCCUUUUCGCCAUUUCUUCACAACAAAAAAGAGCAGCUGGAUGGAGGAUGGAAUAUUGAUUUAAACGUGUUGCCAAAUGUAAAAUAACAAAACACAUACCCAAACGAGCAAAUGUAACCUCAAUCAAGGCGAUGCAAUCUGUACACUUACACAGCAGCAGCAGCAGUGGCAGCAGCAACAAGGGGGAAGAUAUGAGAGCAAUGCCAGGACGAAAGGGACCGAGAACAUCCAAAAGGGUUUUAGUUUUUUUGGCAGCAUAACUGUACUGUUAGGACAAUGGAGAGACUGGAGAAAGCGAACAAGCGGGAAAAAGGGAUGGAUAGCGGAAAGCACCAUUGAGCAAGAACUAAUGUGGUAGAGCGUACUCCCGGGUACACCGUCUGGGCGGGACACACUUUCCACAAAGGCUGGAUAGUUGUUGCUCGAUUGCUUUCGAACGGGGAUGUUAAGCUGGGGGAUUGCAGGCUUCAGUACCCCACCCAACCAUGUCUAUUACCGAAGUAUUAUCUAUUCUAAUAAUAAUUAUGCUACUAGAUAAUAUUGCGCACGGUACCACAGGUGCACAUUCAUGGGAUAACGGAAGAUACGUACGACAAAAAGCAAAGGAAGAGACAGUGUUUUUUCUUCGAUUCCUUUUUCCCCUUUGGGGCACAUACACAUACAAUUCCGCUCGGAUGUGUUUCGCCAAACUGAACCUACGGACAGUAAAAGGAGAAAACGUUGCAACGAGGCGCACCAAAGGACACGAUGCAGCGGGCCCCCUCAGGAACCAAUACAUCGAGCAAAGUGCGGGAGAAGGAAGGAAAGAGAGCGAUGGUGGCGCAUAUUAAUCGCACGGAACUGCAUCACAAAACCGAUAAAAACUACAUUCAGAACCAUGUUAUCUCGUCUCGGCACUGUUCUUGUAAAAUAGCAUUAUACUGUA